AUGGACAGAAUAGAAGAAGAAGAGGACGGUAAGGGAAGGAGGAGUAGCAAGAGCGGUGAGGGAGAGGAAGAGAGGUAGAAGGAGUUACCAUUCGGGGCCGAAGUUAAGUGUCUCAGCAGUCAUAUUCCUUAUGUCUUUACAGAGCUGAGUAUCUGGAGAAAAGUACAAAAGGAUGCAUCUGUCAGUGACACACACACACACCAACUAACACACAGCAUGCAUGCUUGCUCGCACCCACAAACACGUGCGCACACAUGCAUACAGGCAGUAUAAACACACCAACUAGGCGUACAAUUUUCCAGACAUGGACCCCCCCCCCCAUACACAAACUUUGCUCUUACCCUGUCCAGAAGAGCGGACCAGGCUGGACAAGGCUGGACCAGGCUAGGACUGGCUUAGUUAGGCUUAGGUGAGAAGGCUGAGUGGUGCUUAUUUAGCUGUGAUCACAGAGCUCCCCAAAACACACACAUAGAGAUAGAGAAUAGCUGCCUGUUUCAAGUGUGUAUAGGGGAUAGAGUGCUGGUUCGGGUAAGAGAACAGUUUGGAAGAAGCUUCUGCUCACAGCCGAAAAAAAGUAGUACAAAUAAAAAACAAGAACAAACAAAUUGGAAUAAACUGUCAAGUCAAUAACGACGAAACAAACUAAAUAAAACACUGUCGAUAGUAACAAUAAUGAUUAGGACAACAGCAGUAAUAUCACACUUUAAAAAAUAAAGAUCCUUCUCGAUUUAAAUCUAAACGCAGGGAAGAAAACAGGCUGCUGGAACAGCUGCCAGGAGCUGAUGCGACUCUCUCCCUCCUCCUCUCCCUCUCUUUUCUCUCCUUCCGUCGUUCUCUCUCCGACUGAAACGUGGCUUGACCAAGACUCUCCAGGUGAGGACACCUUUGAUUCCUGACCACCUCCCUUCAAACUGCUGCAAAAUAACAAGAAAAAUAAAGAUAAGUGAAUGAUAGCAAGUGUAGACAAAAUAAAUGGAACACACACAGACAGAGACAAGAGUAAGAAGAGUGAAAAACACACCCAGUCACUGUUUGGCAGACAGCCUAUCUUCUGUUAGCCAAGGCUAUCUAUGUAAUUAGAUUUUUGUGUCGCCUUAACACAUUCUUUUUAAAGCAGCUUGGAAUGCUUAGGUUGUGUUGAUUGAUAAACUUCUUUAAGCAUUUGGAAUGUUCAGUAUUUAUUUUUCCUUAGAAUAUGACAGCUACUGUAUUCUAGCCUACCACCCUGAGCAUGCAACUGUGUGUUCCAAAUUAAUAAUCAACAGCGCAAGACCUUAGCCAUCAAUAAUAACUUAGUCAAAAAGGUUCAAUUUUCAUAGAAUGUGUGCCCCAGUGACUAAUUCAAUUAUGAUGAUGUCACCCUCUUACAAAAAAACUGCACCUGUUGGUGACAGCACCUGCAAACACCAUGGCAACAACAAUAUCUAAGGAACAGAAUGCCAACCCCAGGCUUUGCCUUAAAAACAGACACCCAACAGUCAGACACCUAGGCUAUGGGCUUGCGUUGCUGCCCCAAUAGAAUUAGAAUUCAUAGAAUGUGCUAAACCCCUCAGACCGUGGCAAUCUGAUCCGGUGAUUCUAAUUCUAUGGCUUCUCCUGAGAAUAGGUGGACUUUUACACAUGAACACAGAAUCCUACUAAUUACUACACGUGCUUAAUUACGUCAGUUUUGUUUUGAGACGAUUUCGCCGUGGGCUUUGAAUGGGGCACCUGGCUCACGCCCAGGAGGCAGCCCGGUUCCAAAUUAAUCGAACCCCCUCACUGUUUGAGUUAAGAGGGUGCUCCUCCCACACCGAUUUAGCCCGCUCAAGUCACGGGCCAUAUACCAGUGCCCCACGGCUCAGAAGAAUCGAAUCCGCCCAAUAUUAGCCUACAGUAAACAACAUGGCCAACCCGUGUCCGAUGGGUCGGUUCUGUAACGACAAUUACCUAGCAGGAUUCCGGUGUUAUUUUCAGCAAAAUAAAGUGAUAAUAUGAGCUUGUUACUGCCUUUAAUGUCAAAUAAUGUAUAAAUAGUUUGCCUUAAAGUUUAACCAUUGUGGCAAUCAAUUGAUUUAACUACUACAGCGUCCCGCUUGUUUGGAAUUGAGUAGCAACUAGGAAGCUACUGUUGGGCCAUGUAGCAACGCUAACAAGUCUCGAGUCAAAAACACAUCUGAAAAUGCACGGGGACAAUCGCUUUUAGCUAAAAUGUUAACUACCUGGGUAACUUAUCAAUGAACACUGAUAUCGCCAGUUAAUCAUAUUUCGAUUACAUAACACUUACAAUGUGUAUAUCUAGCCGUGUAAGGCCUUGGGUUUACAUUCAAGGUUCAAAGACGGGCGGAGUGUCCGCGUGUGUUAAUCGCGCUCCCCCUCUCGUCAAUCGGCCGCCCUAUCUACAACUCUAACUUUACCCCGCUGCUUACUUUGGCCUUCCACAACCUGUGCAAAACAAACCAAUAAAACAGCAAUGGUAACCGAUAAAACAUUGUACUACGGCUCGUUCAAAGCCCUAUCUUCUGAAACAAGAUAAUUUAGGUAGGCAUUCGACUCGUGUUUGCAUGUGCCUUCUCAAAUUAAAGUGAUUUGCUAGCUAAAUCAAGAGUGCAGUUAGUAAACUAGCUUGCUACGAUAGCUAUAUGUGACACUGCCAACCAUAGCUUACCUUUCUGAAGCAAUGUUGUUUAUUUUUGAAAUACGUUAUUUUUGUGUACAAUCUUCAUUCAUUCAAUAUUUUGUGAAUGAUUAAAAAUAUUGUUUUUAUUAUUUCCCCCCUCUCCUACGGUCGCUGCGUGUUGAUGUCUAGUCGGCUCGCUACUCUUGUUGUUUGUGUUUUCAGAGAAAGAUGGCCGUUGUACUCGCACCACGUGACUUGUGUUACGUGUAGUUGUUGGCCAAUGUUAGGUAUUUCGGUAUACUAUUUUAAGAUGAACCACCCCGUUUGCACAGCAUGUAUAACUUUUUGUAAUUAUUAGCAAUUUGGUUGAAGCAAAUCAUUCAUGUUUUGAUUGCUCGCAAGCGGUUGUAGUGGGUCGGUAAUCGAUCCACAUACCCAAGACUGCACUGCACUGCACGUAGCCUAGGCAGCCGAUAGUGGGCGUUAGAUCUGCUGCACUAUCGGCUGCCUAGGCUAUACCGCACGGGGAUGUUUACAUGAGGGUCUGCGCCUGCAAGUUUGUAACAGAUACUAUCGCGGCUAUUCAAUCGAAUCAUUUGAUUUGAAAAGUCGCUCUGGUCAGACUGCAACGUUGAUUUUAUUUCUCGAGCAGUCAAAGGAUGGCGCAAAAUUACUUUUCAUAAUUCGCUGUUGGAGAAGAACGUUUUCAUCAUCAAACGAUUACUUCCGGGGCACCUCUGUGUUCAUAGUAAGGUUGAAAGUCCCCACCACGAUAGACAAAACAUCUGAAUUAUUUGGUUGCAAACAGUGGUUAGAGGUACAGUCUGAUUGCUUUCAUGUUCUAAUAUUGUCCAAACGUUAGCUAAAUUGGUUUGGAGUGACAUAUUUUUGCGCAGAGAGUGUGGCUAGCUGGGUAGAUCCAUAUAGACCUCCCCCGGUAGUGGUAUUUCAUGAUGUCAGUGGCAUAGUUAUGUGUUAAGUUAUUUUAUUUUACUAUUAUAUACAUUAUUUGAACCUUCAGUAGUGUGGCUAAACAGUAUAUUUGCUGUAUGAAAGGUGAUUGUGUUGAUUGUCCAAUCUUGUCAUUGACAUUUCCUUUCCUGUUGUUUUUGCCUUACUGCAGUGCUCCAUUCCACCCUUUCCUGUCUCUGACUGACUCACUCGUGAUGGCAGAACCACGCAGCCUGAUCUACGCCUCCAUCCCCCAGACACCACCUGGCAUCAUCAUGCCCCCAGCCGACAGCAGAGUCACAGCGGUGGUGAUGGACCCCAUAGAGUACACCCUCCGCAAGCGUCUCCCCAGGAAGCUGCCCAAGCGCCGCAAUGACGUGUACGUCAACAUGAAGACAGACUUCCGGGCCCAGCUGGCCCGCUGCCAAAAGCUGCUGGAAGGAGGAGGCCACAGCGAGAUCUGUGUCCAUGGUCUGGGCCUGGCCAUCAACAGGGCCAUCAACAUCGCCCUGCAGCUCCAGGCCAGUAGCCAGGGGGCGCUACAGCUGGCAGCCAACACGUCUACAGUGGAGCUGGUGGACGAUCUGGAGCCUGAGGACCCGGACGAGGCGGGGGAACCCAUGACGCGCACCCGGAAUAACUCUGCUAUUCAUAUCAAAGUGUUCUACCCAGACCCACAGUGACCCAAAACACUAUUGUCCCUAGCUUGGAUAUGGCUAACUACCUCCAUUGAUAUGGUGUCUGUAAUAUCGUACUGAUGGAGUCUAGUCGUAUCAGGGGUACACCUAUUCCAACCACCUGCAGUGGCUAAACCUGACAGCGUUGUUUAGAUGUGGGGAGAAUUAUCUAUGAACUGGUUUGAUUCCAAAUCUGUUGGAAUCUCUCUCAGUUUUGUUACAUAUUUUGUUAUGCAUGAUGUCAGUCAGAGCAGUGUAUUUGUCAGUAUCAAGAGUUUGUGUUGUUUCAUGGCAUCGUUAUUUCCAGACAAUCCCUUACUGCCUGAAACAAACUCCUAUAGGAAAUGGGACAGGCCCCACUAAGAC